UGCCACCAACGGUCUUAAUUUUCAAAAUGACCUCCGUCGUCCUUUGCUUACGAGAACCCAUCUUCUCAGUUCCGCCCCAUCGUCAUUUUCACUUCCUGCAUCUCCUUUUUCUCCCUUCUUCUCUAAUUUAUACUCUCGAUCUCUUCUAUUUCAAUGGCUUCUGAAAAUUUUGAACCUCUGGCACCCGCUACAAUCUCCAAGGUCAGAGUUGUUGCAAGGGUUCGCCCCUUUCUUGCCCAAGAAAUUUCAGCCAGAAGUUCUAGGGUUCCACUUUCAUGCAUUUCUGUCGUGGAUCAAGGCCGUAUUUCUCAGGAAGAGGUUACCGUUCAUCUCAAAGAUCCGGAAACUAGCCGGAACGAGUGCUAUCAAUUGGACUCGUUUUUUGGCCAAGAAGAUCAUACGGUGAGGCAGAUAUUCGAUAAAGAAGUGAAUCCGUUGAUUUCAGGACUCUUCCAUGGAUGUAACGCUACUGUGUUUGCUUAUGGGGCUACUGGCAGUGGGAAGACCUACACCAUGCAGGGUACUGAAGAGGAACCAGGUCUAAUGCCACUAGCCGUGUCCAAGAUUUUAUCAUUAUGUAAGGGAACUGGGUUUAGAGCAGAAAUGUCAUACUAUGAAGUCUACUUGGAAAGGUGUCACGAUCUUCUGGAACCCAAAGCUAAAGAAAUUGCAAUUAUGGAUGAUAAAGAAGGGCAGAUCCAUCUCAGGGGAUUGUCUAAGGUUGCUGUGAACUCCAUGUCUGAAUUCCAGGAGACAUUGGCUCUCGGAAUUCAGAGGCGGAAAGUCGCUGAUACUGAUCUUAAUGAUGUCUCUAGUAGAAGUCAUGGGGUUCUUGUAAUUACUGUUUCAUCAUCCGGAUGUGGUGAUUCUGGGGAUAAUGUUACAGGGAAGCUCAACCUCAUAGACUUGGCAGGUAAUGAAGAUAACAGGAGGACUGGCAAUGAAGGGAUUCGCCUUCAAGAGAGUGCGAAAAUCAACCAGUCCUUAUUUGCACUUUCAAAUGUGAUUUUUGCGCUAAACAAGAACCUUGCUCGAGUGCCUUACAGAGAGAGCAAAUUGACCCGCAUACUGCAGGAUUCCCUUGGUGGAACAAGCCGUGCUUUGAUGAUCGCCUGCUUGAACCCAGGAGCAUAUCAGGAGUCUGUCCAUACAGUCAGUUUAGCGGCUCGCUCGCGUCAAAUUUCAAACUUUGUGUUUCCAGUCCAUAAACAGGAGACUCCACAGACUAAAGUUGACAUGGAAGCUAAGCUGCGAGCCUGGCUUGAAUCAAAAGGGAAGACCAAGAGUGCACAAAAAAUUGGAGGGAUUGGUUCUCCAUUUGCAGGCAAAACUCCUUGUUCUACUGCUUCAAAAUUGAGAAAACCUCUCUUUCACAGUUCUGCCAAAGUUAAAACAACUGCCAACCAGAGUGCUUGUAGACAAGAAAAAGAAAGGAUGGUAGCCGUGGCUUUCAGAAACUUGAUUGACAAUGAAGAUGUAGUUAAUUCUAUCACAACCAAAGAUCGUGUAGUUAAAUUCAGUAGUCCGAGAAAGGCUCUCUCGCCAAUCCACAAUACGAAUGGAAUCCAAAAGGCUAUCCUAGAACUUUCACUUACCGACCAAUUAUUUCCACCAACCACCUUAGAACCAAGGACUCCAAAAACACCAUUCCCUGAAAAUGAUGAGUUCAAAUCUUUUGGCACCCCAUUAGAUAAGUUUGGUGCUCAAGUAUCAACUCUGAAGAGUUGCCUUGCACAGGAAUACGUUGAUUUCUUGAAUACGGCUAGCAGAGAGGAGCUAGUAGAAUUAAAGGGAAUUGGAGUGAAAAUGGCCGAGUACAUUCUGGAUCUCAGAGAAACUAGUCCAUUGAAAUCGCUCACUGACUUGAAGAAACUAGGACUCUCAUCGAAGCAGAUUCAUAACUUGUUCAGCAAAGCUGCUAUAGGGAUAUUUGGUAGAACAGAAGAUUUGGCCGAUGUCCCUUGUCCAGAAACUUCAUUAUCCAACCAAUAAUGAAGGAAUAUGGUGCAAUGAUGUAUUGGGAAGAGUGCCGUAGCAACAUCCUCCAAGUUGCUAUCUGCUAAAAUAUUGUAAUGUAACAAGUGGAAAACUUCUGAUUUAGGGCUUUGCCGGCUCGGCGUGAUGGGCUCCUUGAUGUUUUAUAGCCCAUCUAUAUGUUUUCUUACAAAAAAAUAUCUUUGUAUUUAUAGGAGGAACUUGUGGCUGAUGUAAUGUAAUAUAAAUGAUGAAUCAGGCCAAUUGACCUAGUUGAGGAGCCGAGCUAAAUCCUCAUGGUUCACUGGAAAUUUCUAGAUAAAUUUAAUACUUGCACUAAA